AUGCUAGAAAGAAAAACACGGCAGUUGCGAGCGGUGCAGCAACAGUGCAGCGCUUUGCGGCCGCGCAGGCUUCAUGAGCGAUCAAGAGGUGCUCACGGCACCCGUAAUGGUUUUCGCAAUGAUCGAGAGCUUCUCGAGUCCCACUGCUUGGUGCACAGAUUAGCUUGGAGUUUUUCCAACGUCGACCACGUCCAUGGCCACUAA